ACCCCGUCAAGUGAUUCGAACAAGGCGGAGUCUGGAAGUAAAACCAGCGGAAGGUCAGGUGAUGAGAGCAAGUCGAAGAAAAGGUCGUCAUCAGUGUCAAAAAGUAAACGAAAGAAACGUCAUAAGAAAAAGAAGGAAUCCAUCAAGGAAUCUGAUAAAGGCACAACAUCUGGAUCAAGCAAGAAGGUGGAGAAUUCAAGCGUGAAGAAGAAAAAGAAGAAAAAGCAUAGACGAUCCAAACAUUCACGUAAAACUGCCAAGAGCAGUAGUAAGAAGAAGCAUCGAAAGCAUAAGCGAAGUAAAAAGUCCAAACACCACAAAUCAGAUAAGGAAGCGGCAAAGACACCUGAAAAAAAUAAUUCACAGCAUUGA